CGGGCACCGAGUCACCAGGCACAACCGUGGGCUCCGAGUCAACUGGGAUGACCGCUGGCACUGGGUCAGACAUUGGAUCGUCUGGCUGGACAGCGGGCAUCGGGUCACCAGGCAUCAGGUCAUUUGGCUCGACAGCGGGCACCGCGUCAUCUGGCAAGGCAGUGGGCUCCGAGUCAACAGGCACGACAGUGAGCACCGGGUCAUCAGGUACCGGAUUGUCUGGCUCGACAGCGGGCAUCGGGUCACCAGGUAUGACAGCGGGCACUGGGUCACCAGGCAUCAGGUCAUUUGGCUCGACAGCGGGCACCGGAUCAGGUACCGGAUCAUCUGGAUCAACAGCGGGCAUCGAGUCAACUGGCCUAAUAGGAUCGUCAGGCUGGAUCAGUUCAUCAUGCUGGGGGUAGAGGCAUCAGGCUGAAUGCCGGCGCCGAGUAGAGGCUUCAGGCCGAGUAGAGGCUUCAGGCCGAGUAGAGGCUUCAGGCCGAGUAGAGGCAUCAGGCCGAGUAGAGGCAUCAGGCCGAGUAGAGGCUUCAGGCCGAGUAGAGGCAUCAGGCCGAGUAGAGGCAUCAGGCCGAGUAGAGGCAU